AUGGUGGCCAAGCAGAGGGUCAUCCGGGUGUCCACCGAACAGCCCAACUACGCUGUUUGUGUCCUGGGGAUCGAAGUCUCCAUAGACAUCUAUGGGUCCAUCCCCAAGGGGUCAACGUCCUUUGAUGUCCGUGGGACCGCUGGCGUCGGGGUCUAUGUGGUCUACAACCCAGAGGUGGUCACCGCCCUCAAAGGACCGUCCAAGUGGCCACUGGACGUAGGCGUGGAGGUCAGAGUGACCAUGAAGAGCCCCAGCAAAGUGGUCAAUGACAACAAGGUUCGGGUCUCGUAUUACGGACCGACGGGGCAGACGCCCAUCGCCAGCGCUUGGUUGUAUAUCACUUGCAUGGCGAUGUCUCUGGACGCCGAUACCGGACGAACCGGGAUGGUAGAGAGCAAGGCAACCAACAAGACAAAAUGGACCUGGGGCCCAAACGGAGAAGGCGCCAUUCUCUUGGUGAACUGCGACAGGGACGGUCCAAGUUCUGGAAAUAUGGAUAACGCUUAUCCUUAUGUGCGGUCCCAUGCAGACUUGCAAGACUUGUCUUUGGUGGUCCUCAACACCGAGGGUCCGGCCGACGUCUUUGAGAGCCACACUCUGCUUCUCCACAUCUCCAUGUUUGAUGCAACCAGAGUGAGGGUCUUCCAAGAAGGUGGGAACGCAUCCCUUUCCAGCUAUGAGCAUAUCUUGGGGUCCGACAAACUCUCUCAUACAGUGGGAUGCAAAGGCGGAAAAGAGCGGCACGCUUUCUACGUGGAAGGACUGGCAUUUCCAGACGCGGAUUUCAAAGGCCUGGUUUACUUGAACGCCACCCUCUUGGAGCGGGCCAGCCAGAAUUCGCCGGCCACCCCGGUUUUCACGGAGACGGUGGUUUUCCGGGUGGCUCCGUGGCUGAUGACGUCCAGCACAAUGAAGCCUUUGGAGAUCUUUGUCUGCAGCAUUAAAAAAGGUCACAACACCAACGAGAAGUUCUUGGAGGCCAUAAAGGCCCUGGCAGAGAAAGCUGGCUGUAAGUUGACCGUUUGCCCUGAGAUGGAAAACCGGGGUGACCGAUGGAUCCAGGACGAGAUGGAGUUCGGUUACGUGGAAGCCCCCCAUAAAACCUUCCCGGUGGUCUUCGACUCUCCCAGGAACCGAGGCCUCGUGGAGUUCCCUUUCAAGAAGAUUCUGGGUCCAGAUUUUGGGUACGUCACCCGGGAACCCAAGAACGGACGCAUCUCCAGCUUGGAUUCAUUUGGGAACCUGGACUUAAGUCCUCCGGUGAAAGUCAAAGGGAAGGAGUAUCCGCUGGGAAGGAUCCUCAUCGGAAGCAGUUUUCCUGGGUCUGGCAACAGGAAAAUGGCCAAAAUUGUCCGGGAUUUCCUCUACGCCCAGAAAGUCCAGUCCCCCGUGGAGCUCUAUUCGGACUGGCUGACCGUCGGACAUGUGGACGAAUUCCUCAGCUUCGUCCCGGCUCCUGACAGAAAGGGGUUUCGCUUGCUUUUGGCCAGUCCUCUCGCCUGCCUCAAGCUCUUCAAAGAGAAGCAGAAAGAAGGUUACGGAAACGCUGCCCUUUUCGAAGGUUUAGGUAAAGUUGGCAAGAUUACUCUGGAUGAGCUUUUGGAAGACAGGCUUUUGCGCAGCGACAGCAAAUACGUGCAGAGUUGCAUCGACUGGAACCGGAGCAUUUUGAAGCGGGAGCUGGGUCUGAGCGAAAGGGACAUCAUCGACAUCCCGCAACUUUUCACUUUGGAAGACGCGACGGCGACGGCGCUCUUUCCCGACAUGGUGAAUAUGGUCGUUUUGGGGAAGCAUUUGGGGAUCCCAAAACCUUUCGGUCCCAUCAUCCACGGUCAGUGUUGCCUGGAAGCGAACGUCCGCUCGCUCUUGGAGCCGCUGGGCCUUUCUUGCACCUUCAUCGACGACUUUUUCUCGUACCAUGUUUUGUCCGGAGAAAUCCAUUGCGGCACCAACGUCUGCCGGGCGCCUUUCUCCUUCCAUUGGUGGAACAUCAUCCCCUGAAUUGCGGGACGUUGCGAAAGACAUGCACCAAGAUGCACAGCGACCAAGCACUGAACAUUUCCUUUUGCAGUCCUUUUUUCUCCAUUGAUUCAAUGGAUUGAUGCAGAAUUCCAUGUGGCGUUUUUGGGCACGUCGCAACACGGUUUUAGCGGUGGAAAGGAACAAAAAAAGGACUCCCACACCUUGGCUUAACUUGGCGCACCUUUUGGACGACGAGGAAGAUAAAAACAAAGGGAUAAAAAAGCACUGCGAGUUAUUUGUGGCGGCAA